AUGCGUCUUUGGCUGCUGUGCUUGCCGUGGCUUCCGUCCACUGGCAUGCGCCCGGCUCCGCUUUCUGCCACAGAGCGAGCCGUGUGUCUGCAACUCCAGCGACGGUUGGAUCGUUGGAGCAGCGAGAUUGGCGAACCGGAUAGCUGCAUCAUCAAAUUGCGGGAUGCGUGUGCAUCGACCCGAAGUGCGAACACUGCAGCCCGGCAACGGCGUGUGCUCCAUGAUUGCUACCUCCGAGAAAAGGAUGAUUCGACUUUAACCCUCUCGGUGAGCAUCUCGCAGAGGAGCCUGAGGGUCACUAUGCACUUGCUGGCGGACCUUUCGGAGUUUGAGCUGCAUCUCUCGAGAGGAGGCUUUUCGUCCUCGGGCCACCGUUCCUUGUCAGCGGCGAUCCUCGUGCUAAAGGAGCUGCAGCCGAAGCAGGCAUUCGCUGCAGUGGGGGCCACUCAGCCUGCUCGACAGCUUCUGCUUACGGAUGUCAAGGAUGUGCGAUCCAACGCCAGUUGCCCUGACACCCGAGGAAUCAUUUGGACGGUUGAGACGUGGUACUUUCAGCAAGGCUGGAUCUUGCGUAGCACUGCGAGCCUUGGGUGGACAUAUGUCAGCUCCCUCAGAACACUGUGGCAGCCACCAUUCUCCAGAUCAGCAAGGCUGGCACGCUGUGAGCCUUCACUGUUCUAUCACAGCCUUCGGACAGAGGACUCCGAAUGGAACGUUUUCUCCGUCCGAGAAAGUCAACAGGUGAUAUGCAAAUGCAUCGCCAGGCACAAGAACUCUACACUUUUAUCGUGGGACUUGGGCAUGACGGACGCUGACGUGGAGUUGUUUCUGCAGCUCAAGCGGGUCGUCCUGUCCAUACCGGCUGUGCGGGUGUUCAUCAUUGGGAACUCUUUUGGCUUCUCGACGAGCGUCCUCGGACAUCUUUUUGCGGAGAAAGGUGCCGGCGGCCUCGUCGAUGCGAUCGAUGCAGAGCAGAAUGCAUGCGGCCACGCCGGCUCAUGGCUGACGCGCCGAGUGGCUGCGGCGCAGGGGCUGGAUGUUCAGGUCACCAAAGGCAUCUCCCCAGAGGAUGUGUCUGCCGCGAUGCGAUCCGGGCAAUACGACCUGGCUUUCGUGGAUGGCUUGCAUGAGACUGAGCAGAUGAUGAUGGAUUUUGGUGCCAUCGAGCCGUACAUGGCUUCAGCAGCAGUUGUCGUUUUUCAUGAUGCCUUGCUCUUCGAGUUGCAAGAGACGCUCUUGGCGCAUUUUCAGCCACGUGCAACGACAGACUGGUCGCUGCACAUGGUGCGGGGCUGCGCAUACAAGAAUCUGGUGGGAACCAUGGUGCUACAUCGCGGCUUUCCAGUGGAUGCAGUCGAGAGCUUGUGA